GCGGGGCGCUGCUCGCCUUUUGUUCGGGCAGGAGCGGGCGGGCGGCGGAGAGCGACGAGCAGCCAUGGAGGUGAUGAACAUGAUGGAGCAGCCCAUCAAGGUGACGGAGUGGCAGCAAACCUACACCUACGACUCCGGGAUCCACUCCGGCGUCAACACGCAGGUGCCCUCGGUCAGCAGCAAGUGCCUGGGGGACGAUGACGAGGUGUAUGGGAAGCAGUACACCAUCAAGAAGACAACCACCACGAGUUACUGCCAGGGAGGGAGCCAGAGCCAGAGCCAAGCGCAAGCGGACAUGGAGGCCCAGCUGGCCAUGACCCGUGCCCAGCGUGUGCGGGCUGCCAUGUACCCCGAGACGGUGGAGGACCGCUCGCUCCUCAUCACCACCCAGCUGGAGGGGCAGCAGACCAACGUGCAGCGCCUGGCUGAGCCCUCCCAGAUGCUGAAGUCUGCCAUCGUGCACCUUAUCAACUACCAGGAUGAUGCUGAGCUGGCCACACGUGCCAUCCCUGAGCUCACCAAGCUGCUCAACGAUGAGGACCCGGUGGUUGUCAGCAAGGCAGCCAUGAUCGUGAACCAGCUGUCCAAGAAGGAGGCGUCGCGCCGCGCGCUGAUGCAGUCGCCGCAGAUCGUGGCGGCCGUGGUGCGCACCAUGCAGAGCACCAGCGACCUGGACACCGCCCGCUGCACCACCAGCAUCCUGCACAACCUCUCCCACCACCGCGAGGGCCUGCUCUCCAUCUUCAAGUCGGGCGGCAUCCCAGCCCUCGUCAGGAUGCUGAGCUCACCCGUGGAGUCUGUCCUCUUCUACGCCAUCACCACCCUGCACAACCUGCUGCUGUACCAGGAGGGGGCCAAGAUGGCCGUGCGCUUGGCCGACGGGCUGCAGAAGAUGGUGCCUCUGCUGAACAAGAACAACCCCAAGUUCCUGGCCAUCACCACUGACUGCCUCCAGCUCCUGGCCUAUGGGAACCAGGAGAGCAAGCUGAUUAUUCUGGCCAACGGGGGACCCCAGGCCCUGGUGCAGAUCAUGCGCAGCUACAACUACGAGAAGCUGCUCUGGACCACGAGCCGCGUGCUGAAGGUGCUGUCCGUGUGUCCCAGCAACAAACCUGCCAUCGUUGAGGCUGGUGGCAUGCAGGCCCUGGGCAAGCACCUGACCAGCUCCAGCCCCAGGCUGGUCCAGAACUGCCUGUGGACCCUGAGGAACCUUUCUGACGUGGCAACCAAGCAGGAGGGCCUGGACGGCGUCCUCAAGAUCCUGGUGAACCAGCUGAGCUCUGAUGAUGUGAACGUGCUGACCUGUGCCACCGGCACCCUCUCCAACCUGACCUGCAACAACAGCAAGAACAAGACCCUGGUGACGCAGUCCAACGGGGUGGAGGCCCUGAUCCACACCAUCCUGAGGGCAGGUGACAAGGAGGACAUCACCGAGCCAGCUGUGUGUGCCCUGAGGCACCUCACCAGCCGGCACCCCGAGGCUGAGAUGGCCCAGAACUCCGUGCGCCUCAACUACGGCAUCCCUGCCAUCGUCAAGCUCCUCAACCAGCCCAACCAGUGGCCACUGGUGAAGGCUACCAUAGGCCUGAUCCGCAACCUGGCCCUGUGUCCAGCCAACCACGCCCCGCUGCAGGAGGCUGCUGUCAUCCCCCGCCUGGUCCAGCUGCUGGUCAAGGCUCACCAGGACGCCCAGAGACACGCAGCUGCUGGCACACAACAGCCCUACACAGAUGGAGUGAAGAUGGAAGAGAUUGUGGAGGGUUGCACGGGGGCACUGCACAUCCUGGCCCGGGACCCCAUGAACCGCAUGGAGAUCUUCCGCCUCAACACCAUCCCUCUCUUCGUGCAGCUCCUGUACUCGCCGGUGGAGAACAUCCAGCGCGUGGCGGCCGGCGUGCUCUGCGAGCUGGCCCAGGACAAGGAGGCAGCAGAUGCCAUCGAUGCCGAGGGCGCCUCAGCUCCCCUGAUGGAGCUGCUGCACUCCAGGAAUGAGGGCACAGCCACCUACGCGGCCGCUGUGCUGUUCCGCAUCUCGGAGGACAAGAACCCCGACUACAGGAAACGUGUCUCCGUGGAGCUCACCAACUCCCUCUUCAAGCAUGACCCCGCAGCCUGGGAAGCGGCUCAGAGCAUGAUCCCCAUCAACGAGCCCUACUCAGAUGAGCUGGACCCUGGUUACCGCCCCAUGUACUCGGGUGACAUCCCCCUGGACCCCAUGGACAUGCACAUGGACAUGGACGGGGACUACCCCAUGGAUGCCUACAGCGACGGCGUCCGAGCGCCCUUCGCUGACCACAUGCUCGCCUAACCCGCCCACAGCCCCACACCAGGUGUUCUCUCCAUGCAGAAGAGGGUGGCCCCAGAGCUGAGCAUUCGCGAGGAGGACUUGGGAGACAGAAGUGCCUGAGAAGACAAAACUUUUCCAUUCCCACGAGAGGUUUUAGUUUUCGAUUUGUUUUCUUCGCUGUGGGUCUGUGGAGAAGGUCCUUCCUCCUGGGACUGCUUCGAGCACCUACUGCCACAUCCAGCAUCCAAGAUACUGUUUCUGAAGCUUUAAAACACAAACCUUGCACCGUUAGUGAUCUUUCAUUGGCAAAAUAGUCUUUUCUAUGAAUAUAUAUUUCUUUUUUAUUUUUAAUAUGGUGCCAACGGCUUUUGCCGUCUUUAAGUUUGUGCUUUCUAACCUCCCCACGAUUUGUUCUGCGUGUUAGUGUUCUAGGAGAGGAAUCUGACAUGGAAAACCCCUUUGCUUCCUGCGAACCCCAACUGAAUGAGGCCAAUCCAGUUUGCUGAAAGCAAAGGGUCCGUGUCCCAGGACCUUUGGGGUGUCUGAGGUUUAAUUCUUUCCCAUCUGGGAGCUGACUUUGUGUCCCUGUCCUGCCAGUCCCCAUAGAGGAGUGACUCCAGCAUUAGGAACUGUGUCCUUGUACUGAUCUUUGUUGCACAUUUUAACCCCUUUCCCUUCUCUUUGGUGAGUGGUGUGUUUCCGUCCCCUCCUCCCUUAUCUAACGCAUUUUUUAAAAGAGGCUUUAGAUCUGAUGGUGGUUUAACACUCCAGCUGGAAAGGGAUGGACAGCUACUGGAGUGUGGGUCAGGAAUGGAAGAUUUUAUUAUUUCUGUAAGUUGUUUUUGUAUAGACCAAAGCAAAGAAUAAAAUAACCCCUGCAGCCCC